AUGCAAAUCAAUGAAAAAAUUAAAAACUAUGAAAUUUCUUCAUUUUGUGAUCGCUACCACAACAAGGAGGUCGUGUACAACAUUAUGAAUCCUUCACCUGGAAAUCAGUUUCAAAGCAGUGCUUAUCUCUACGAAACGGACAAGGGAUACCAGCCAGAAAUGAAGCCUUCUUCGUAUGCCUUCGAGAAAACCUCAGACGCGGCCGAGGUACUCACACUUAAUCUUACUAUCAUUCUUAAAAUUAUGUUGUUUUUGACUUCAAAUUAAACAUUUUUUGUCGCUACGGUUACGAUUCUUUAGACAGCUACAAAAGAACAAUUUUUAACUGCCAGAGAAUGUGCUUCUACAACCGAAUUUCACGGUGGAGCAGCACACAACAUUCUGCACACUCCAAAUAACUUUGACGAACGUGCUAGCCAAUCAGCUGCUAACCUUGGAGCUGCUCAAGACUUGGGACACGACCAUUAUCUUUUUCAAAAUGACACGCCCAAUUUUCAGACAUUACCCAUCGCGCAGGUGAGUAAAGUUAACGUUUGUCGUCAUUUUAAUAAAUUUUUUUAAACUUGUCACUUUAGGCUACAAAAGACCAAUACCUGACAGCCAGAGAGUCGGCUUCUGUAACAGAACAGUUUGGAGCUGCAAAAAACAUUCUACAAACGGCAAACAACUUUGAUGGACGGGCUAGUCAUUCGGCUGCCAAUCUCGGUGCUGCCCAAGAUUUCCAAGGUAGUGCCUAUCUCUACCAAAAGGACCAACAGUACCAACCAGGGCAUGACCAAUCGGUUUAUGCUUUUGGAAACGAAACUGCCGAUUUGCAACUACAAAACUCUGGGAAGGUAAGCAAACGUUUUACGUAAAAUAAAGGCAUACGUAAAAUACCUUUAAAGAAAGAAUUAUGUUGUCUUAAUGACAAAAUAUUACGGUAUGUUUUUAGAACGCCACGCGAGAACCGUUCCUCACUGCCAGAGACUGUGCAUCUGUUACCGAAUUCCUUGGUGGAGCUGCACAAAACAUUUUACACACUCCAGAUGACUUUGACGAACGUGCUAGCCAUUCGGCCGCGAACCUAGGCUCCUCACUUGGACAUCGCAUCAUCUCUGACGACGCCGACCUUCGUACUGCUCAGAAGUCCGAAUCCUUCAACUAG